AUGUCAUGGGAGUUACCCGUCUUGACUACUCUCAUCCUCAGUGUACUUGGCUUCUGGUGGAUUUAUAGCCCUCGCGCCAGCUACCAGAAGGCCUUGCUCUACGCAUUCCUCUGCAGUCUUACCGUCCUUGUCGAUACUCGUCGCCUGAUCGAAUACUUUUCUCCCGCCACGAUCGAAGCAUUGCUUGAUUUCCGCAUCCAUGUUCUUCUGAUCCAUCAUUUCAAGAUGGUCUUGACACUUGGUGCUGUCGUUUGGCUACUGCAUCGCUCGUGGCAGACAUUAUGGAAACCCGUUCCCGACCUAAUCAACAUUCUCGGCGUCGACGUGCCCGAACCUCCUGAUGUAUCUCUUGCUGGCAUCCGAUCCGAUGCUGCUACCCUGAGCUGGACUCGCCCUACCAGUAAUCGGCCGGUGCAAAAAUAUACUAUCCAAGUGAAUGGCGUUCAUGUUGGUGAUUCACCUGGAAAUGAAGUCGCAAUUACUGUGACAGGCUUGAAGCCAGAUCAUUUUUACAAUAUCAGGGUUGUUGCUGUCGGCCCGAACAACUUCCAGGCUGGAAGCAAGGUCCUACGCCUUCGAACUUUUGGAAAAGAUGGUAGACCUCAGCUGGGUAACUCACGCUUGCCUACCAGUUUUGCAAACAACGACCAUCCCCACCCCAAGAUUGGCGACGAAGAUGACGAAUCCGAUUCGCAAAAGAAGUCUCCGGUACCAACCGUCGAGGCGGCCCCUGUGCUGGAUGGUAACAACGCGUCUACGUCUGAUGUGAGCGCCACUGCUCCGAGCCAGCGACGAAAUACGGUCAACCGACGACACUCACCGUCCGUUGCUAGCAUGGAUCAACCUCAGAUCAAACUUCCACCUGUGGACGGUCCAGAACUGUCACUCGACGAACUGAACCGACGAUUCGAGUCCACCAGGAAAGAAGUUGACGAAAUCCUUGCCCAGUAUGCCAAAGAAGAAGCCGAACUCCAACAGCAGGAAGAAGAGCUUAAACAGGAGAAGGAAGCCAAGAGACAGGCUUUGAAGGAGAAAGAGGAGCAGACUGCGCAGCUGAAGGCGAGUGUUAGGACCACUAUGGAGCAGAUGCGUGCUGCGGAGAAAGAGCGAACGAAGAAGGAGCAGCAGCUAAAGGACAAGGAAAAUAAGAAGUCCAAAGUCCGUGAUACUGCUUCUAAGCUCGAGAAUGACAUUGAGAGGAUGAAGAAGGAGCGAGAUGGCUUCGAGGCUCAGAAGAAGGAGCUGAAAGAAAAGAGAGACAAUGACGGCCAGGAACUUGAUGAUUUCAACGCGAAGCUACAGGAGAAAUGUGCCGAACUUGAAGCUGAGCUCCGGGAGAAGGGAAAACAACUCCAGGACCUCAAGGCUACCCGCGAAGAGCUUCCUGGUGCGGACGAUGAGCAGUGGAAGGAGAACGAUGUUGUCGUGCGGAAGGAGUGGGACGCCAGGAGAAAGGAGUUGCACAGCCAGCUGGUAGCGGAAACCAAGAAACUCCAUAACCUGGAUUCGCAGAUUCGGUAUCUUAGGGAGGAGCACCACAAUAUGGGACUGUACUACAGCAACCAACCAGACCCUACUGCCGCAGAGUUUGAGCCUGCAACAGCUCAGGACCCCAGAGACAGCGGGAACUUCGACUCUCUUUCCCAUCUCAACCUGUCACCGCCGCCCAACCAGUUUGGACCACCUGACGACUCUUUCUCUGGUUUCAGCCGUGCUGGAUUUAGUCAAAUAUUGUUUAUGGACCACAACGCGGCCGACAACGCUGAUGAUCACCAGUCAGAGGCCGACUUCAGGGCUAACGCGGGACCUCUUAGUCCUACUGCCCAUUCUCUUCUUCCUUCAGGCAUCUUUGACGAAACUUUUGAGGAUGCUGAAGAGCAUCUUCCAAACCAGUACUUGCCAGAAUCUGUCACAGCUGCAGAGGAGGAUAACCCGCAAUCGCCAUUAUCGUCAGAUGGACGCUCUCUCAACAUGUUCUCCAGUCCUCAUGGCUCGUCUCACAACUUGCCUUUCCCUCAGUACAACGACAUGGACUCGCAAUCCCUGAACAUCAACUCAUCCCCACAGCAAGCGCCCCUUCAAUCGAGUCACCGACUAUCUAGCUUGUUGUCUAAUUUCCAACGCAGGGGAGCAAAACCGGCGGAUGUUGAAGGACCUGCGAUUGGCAGCCUUAAGGCGGGUCAGAGCCAAUCGUUCCCACGAAGCACUGAUGAUCAUGACAUGCCAGGCAGCAAGCGUAGGAUAAGUUUCUCAUGGAUGAAUAGGCACUCGGGAGAACCCAGCCGGUCGAGCAUGGGUCCUACUUCCAGGCCAUUUUCUGCUCGGAGACUGAACCCGUUUGCCAGCAGUGCUGGCGCUCUUACAGGAGACAACGAUUCUCCCGACUCUCGGCCUGCGUCAAUUGCUUCCACGGACCUUCCUCGACCCUCGACUGACAGUGGCUCAAUCUGGAACAUGCCGGGUGAUUUCUCUAUGCUAGCCAAGAACCGAGUCUGGUCGCCGAACGAAGGGCGCUGGUCUUCCAGAAACCCAUCUCGCCGUCCUUCACUUGGUGCCGCCCCGACCGUGCUUGAGACGACUCUUGCAACAGCCAAUGAUGAGAUCCUCGACGAUCGUGACUUGCUCGACCCUCAGACAUCACCUAGUCAGAUUGGUGUCAUCGGAUCACGUCCGCCUAGUCACCGAGCAUCAAUGAAUCGAAAUCUCAACCCAGCGGCACCCACGUUUAGGACACCAUCUUUCUUUGGUCGCAGAGAUAGAGACGCUAGCCCCGACAAAGGAUCGAAGGGUAAAGAAAAGCGUGGUAAAUCCAAAGAGGGCCGUACUAAGGGCAUAGAAGCUUUGACACCCACCGUCGAAGUGCCACCAAACCUUGAUGACUCGCCAUCAAGUCCACGAAUGUCUCGCGACGCUUAUUCUGUUCACACGCAGAACUCGAUAUCGGAAUCUCAUGAGUCUUUGGAUUUGGGCAUGACAGCCUCGAAUUCGACGACGGACAACAACGCUGCGAGCCACAAAGAUGCCGAUAGCAGUGUGGUCAAGAAGCUGUUUAGGAAGGGAAGCUCCAGCAAGUUUAGCACACUGUCUUCCAGGCUGAGUAAGGACUCUGUCUUGUUUAAAAAGGGGCCCGGCAGCAGCACAUUUUCCGAGAAGAACAUGUCAUCAGAGCAUCGACCUAGUAUUGGCGAUGCCGACGAGCUUGACGAGGACAUAUCUCAGCUUGGCCGCAGCUACGACAGUAUGGCUAGCAGCCCUUCGUUGGGUCAAGGCAGCUUCAAGUCCAAGGACGCCCCUAAGGAGGGUCGCAUGGGAACGUGGCGCUUCUCGAUGAAGAAGAAGACGAAAGAGCCUGCCGCGAAAGAGAAGGAAAGUUUGGAAAAUGACAGGCCUGUAGAUGAGUAG